AUGCGGCCCUCCAUAUCACCAUACCUCCCCCUAGGCCUACUCCUCCUCUUCUCACUCCUGAACCUUACCAGCGCCGCCAAAUCCACCGCCAUCUCAUUCUGCAAAUGCAUAUGCUUCAAUAACAGCACGAUCAUUGCACUCAACCCUCCAAACUCCAAGAGUUCCUCACACCGUUUCGAAGUCCGCUCUUCUGACCACCACUCCCUCGAAGGCACCUCACCGGCCCGCAGCCCCCGAGAAGCCCAAGAAGAAGAAAAAGCCCCGUCAAAACCGCACCACAAACUCAGCUGCGCCGACUGCACACGCGCAUUCUGUCUGGACUAUAACCUACCGAUAUGCAAGGACGCGAAGGACGAAGACGUCUUCACGACCUGUUUCCAACGAGACUCGCUCAAAGAUGAAACCGUCGUGGUGAUUUUCAUCAUCGCAACUGCGGGGCUACUGGCAUGGGCGCUGGUGAAGCCAUGGGUCGAGCGAGUCCGGCAGCGGAACGAGCGACGAGAGUUCCCGCCACUGGUUGGGUCACAGGGGAAUUCGAAUCGGGCAGCGGGCCACGAUGCCACGUCGCCACGGAAUCAGGGUUCGAGUCGUGGUGGCGCGAGCAGUAGUGUGCGCGGUGGUGGACGUGGAGGUGUUGGGAGAAGUGCUACGGAUGCGAGGUUCUUGGACGCCGAUGAAGAUGCGGUAGAUAUAGGGUCGGGCAGCGCAUUAGGGGCUGCGCGGUGA